CCGGAGAGUGUAGGGGCGGGGCUCGGGUUAGGGGUUGAUGGGGCUGGAGGAGGCGGAGUCACGGUAGUCCUGCCAGGGCCGCCAUUUUUGCAAAGGGAAAAGAGACAGGGUAGAGGGGAUCUAAUUUCCAACAGUCGGCGUAGGUAGGACACAAUUUUAACGGUUCGGAACUGACUGUCAUUAUUGGGUUCCAAUAACUACCAACGAAAAUUAAUUACAGUAGGGGGAGUCUCAAGAAGACUGCUAUCAGUGUAAAUAUUUUAAAACCUUAUGGAGCCGCAGUGUGGAGUGAAGUAGCUAUUGUUUUGGUUGUGUAGAGAGCGAGGCUCUAGCGACGGGGGUCUCACCCAGGUCGCUGUUUCUUUAUUCAGGGUAUCUACAGUGAGUGGACUUUAACUGCCUUGUGGAUGCACUUAGAUGUCUGCAAUGAGUGCUGUGGCUGGCAUGCCUCAGUGUUUUGGACUCCCAUGCUCUGGACUCAGUAGGACAAGAAUUGAUCAGCAAAGAACGUCAUGAGCAUAGUGAUCCCUGUAGGGGUGGACACAGCAGACACCUCAUACCUGAAAAUGGCUGCAGGCUCAGACAGACCAGAAUCGGUAGAGGCCAGCCCUGUGGUGGUGGAGAAAUCCAGCUACCCGCACCAGAUCUACAGCAUUAGCUCUCACCACUCCCACAGUUACAUUGGGCUGCCCUACGCCGACCACAACUAUGGGGCGCGACCCCCGCCCACACCCCCGGCCUCCCCUCCCCCCUCCAUGCUGAUCCGUCCGGGCGAGGGGCUGUUUGUGCCAGGGGGCCUGCAGGACGAGGCUUCCAGGGGCACCACACUCAGCACCUCGGAGGACGGCAGCUACGGGGCCGACAUCACCCGCUGCAUCUGUGGCUUCACCCACGACGACGGCUACAUGAUCUGCUGCGACAAGUGCAGUGUGUGGCAGCACAUAGACUGCAUGGGGAUCGACAGGCAGCACAUUCCUGAGACGUACCUGUGUGAGCGCUGCCAGCCGCGCAUCCUGGACAGAGACCGGGCCAUCGUGCUGCAGACCCGCAAGAGGGAGAACAUGUCCGGUGAGUGGAGAGAUGGCAUACCGGUAUGUAUCUCUGCAGACGGGGACACCAGUGCCACAGAGAGUGGGGACGAGGUGCCGCUGGAGUUGUACACGGCCUUCCAGCACACGCCCACCAGCAUCACACUCACCACCGGCCGCCUGGCGGGCAACAAGCAGGCCGACAAGAAACGCAAGAGGAGCGGAGAAAAGGAGCCCGUCGCCACGUCAGCCCGAGCCAAGAAGGCGUUCCGUGAGGGCUCCAGGAAGUCCUCCAGAGUGAAGGGUGGCGCUCCAGAAAUGGAGCCCGGGGAGCACCCGUCUCUGUGGGAGAACAAGAUGAAGGCUUGGAUGGAGGCCUACGAGGAUGCCGGCAGCAACCAGUACAGCGAGGACGUCCAGAUCCUGCUCCGCGUCAAGGAGGCCGGCGACGGCAAGACCCUUGCCUACAACACACACACGGCCACCUUCAAACCGCCCGUGGAGAGCCAGGUUCAGAAGAACAAGAAGAUCCUGAAGGCAGUGAGGGACUUGGCUCCAGACUCCCUCAUCAUAGAGUACAGGGGCAAGUUCAUGCUGCGACAGCAGUUUGAGGCCAAUGGAUGCUUCUUCAAGAGGCCGUACCCCUUUGUGUUGUUCUACUCAAAGUUUGACGGGCUGGAGAUGUGUGUGGACGCCCGCAGCUUUGGCAACGAAGCUCGCUUCAUCCGACGCUCCUGCACCCCCAACUCUGAGGUGCGUCAUGUAUUAGAGGAUGGUAUGCUCCAUUUGUACAUUUACUCUUUGAGGUCCAUCAGCAAAGGCACCGAGAUCACCAUAGGCUUUGACUAUGACUAUGGCUGCUGUAAAUACAAGGUGGACUGUGCAUGUGUGCGGGGGAACCCAGAGUGCCCGGUGCUGAAACACAACCUGGAGCCCACCGAGAACCUGGAGGCCAGCAGCCGCCGGCGGGGCCGCAAGGACAAGGAGCCCAUGAUGCAGCGAGGGGACCACCUGGACCUGGGCCAGAACCAGAAUAUGACCCUGGACUGUGACGGCAAGACCAAGGUUCUCGGGGCCGACGGCAAGCAGAGGAAGCUAUCGCCCCUCCGCCUCUCUAUCUCCAACAACCAGGAUCCUACAGAGUUAGAGGGUGUAGAAGACCAGCCUGAUAACUCCGUUAGCAGUGAAGUAGAGAUGGAGUCAGAGGAGACCAUUGCAGAGAGAAAGAGGAAGAUGGCCAGCCCAGCGGAGGAGUCCCAUCUGCAAGGCGUGGGGGCCUCCAGCUGUCUGGGACUGAGUAAACCGGAGACCCGUGAAGAGAGGAAGAUGGAGGCCAUCCUGCAGGCCUUUGCCCGCAUGGAGAAGAGGGAGAAGAGGCGGGAGCAGGCCCUGGAGAAGAUCGGCACCAAGUCAGAGGGGGGCAUCAAGGAGGAGCCCCCUGCCACCCCCGAGGCCGACAUGCAGUCUCCUGGUAUCAUGACGCCCCUGCUAGAGGUGAAGGAGGAGCCGGGUCUCAACAAGCCCACGCCGGCCAAGCUGCGAGGCAGCAAGCAGAGGAAGAGCUUCUCGCGGAGCCGCACCCACAUCGGGCAGCAGAGGCGGCGAGCUCGCACCAUUAGCACCUGCUCUGACAUACCUCCCGGCUCGCCCGGGGAACUCCUGGACCCCCUGGCCAAUGAUAGCCUAGACGUAGAGGCCUCCAGGGACCCUGAACCAGAGGCCCUCUCCUCCCAUGCCCCCGACACCAGCCCCCCUUACAGUGGCUCCCCGGCCCCUGACAGAAACCGCUCCGGGCAGAAGUACCCCAAAACUAAAAAGCACUUAGUGAGUGAGUGGUGCGUCGACAAGCAGGAGCGGUCAUUGCGGACCCCAGAGCCGAUCCCGGAGAGGCCCCUGAGGAUCAGCAGCGACCCUGAGGUGCUGGCCACCCAGCUCAACGCCCUACCCGGCAUGGGCCCCAGCCCGCACGUCUACAGCACGCCCAAACACUACGUCCGCUUCUCCUCGCCCUUCCUGGCCAACCGCAGCCCCACCACCCCUGGGGUGCCCACUGGACGCCGGCGUUCCCGCGAGCUGCCCGACACGCCGCCCACCUCAGGCUCCUGCAAGAAGCGCUGGCUGAAGCAGGCUCUAGAGGAGGAGACCACCACCCCUCCACCCAGCAGCGGCCGGCCCACCCUGGUCAUGCCUAGCGAGGGCCCUCUCAGCCCCCCUAUCAACGGGGACUCUGAUAGCCCCCUCCCCUACAACGGAAGCUGCACCUUGCCAGGUGAGGACUCUGAGUUGCCCACUCCUCUGAAGAAGCGGCGCCUGGGUCUGUGUCCACUGGACGCCUGCAUGUCAGAGAGCUCCACCCCCUACGGCUCUCCCUGCGCAACGCCAACCCGGGCCGACCUAUCAGAGACGCCGGGUACACCCUUGCUGCUGGCCACACCACCCCGCAUCACCCGUAUGGAAGAACCGAGCCCCGAGCCUCUACCUAGCACCCCCACACACACACUCAGUGCCCCGCAGGAAAGCGAGUCUUCCCUGGACAGCUCACCAGAGGGCAGUCGCAGACCCAGCCCCCAAGAGGCUGAGCGGCCACCUUCGCUGCUCUCCUCCCCCUGUGUAGCGGUCAGGGCUCCCAGUCUGGAUGUGUUGCCCCCCCAAGAGGCCAAGACCUGCGCCCCCCUGAGCCCCCAGCCUCCCACCCCCGAGCCCCAGGACUGUGUGGGAGAGGAGGGGCCAGAGACAGUGACCGAGGGCAGCAGCGACACCCCCUCCUCCACAGACCCAGCCUCUUCCUCCCUCCUCCCCCCCUGGAUGAAGAGUCCAGAGAGAGUGGGUCUGUCAGGGCCAGGGGGUCUGUCCUUCUCCCCCAUCAACUCUAACCUGAGGGACCUUACCCCCUCACACACCCUGGAGCCCAUCUUGGCCUUCAGGCCUGAGGCGGUGGCUGGUGUUGUGGCGGUGACAGUGACGGUACCAGUACCCCUGGCAGCAGGACCCUUCACAGAGGCUGCAGGGUCUCUCUUCUACCCCUGCCCUGAGGAGGGGGGAACGCUGGCCUUCUCUCGUUCACUAAGUGGAGACAGCACCGGAGAGGGAGGGUCAGGACAGAAUCCCCCACAGAAGAAAAAGGUGUCUUUGCUGGAGUACAGGAAACGUCAGCGAGAGGCGCAGCGCAGUGGCUCCAAAAUGGAAUGCGGCUCGCCUGUCUCUACAACACCUACCCUGGUGGAGAUGUUCCCUCUGCCCAUGGAGACCACCCAAGAGCCUCCACCCCUGGCUCCUGCUCCGGACCAAGCUCCAGUGGCCCCCACCCCGCCUGAGCCAAAUACCCCCCAGCCCAGCGAGGACACAGAGCCCCCUGUCGAGGGGGAGAGAGAGGGGGGAGAGGGACAGUGGACCUCGUCCACCUCGGUGGAGCAGGCAAGAGAGCGUGGCUACCACAGAGCCCUGUCGCUUAGUGACCACAGCAAGGACAAAGAUGGAGAGACCGAGGGCAGUGAGGCCCCAGUCAGCAGAGAUUGUUCAUCUCCUAGCCUGCAGAGGACCCCAACCCACACGCCGUGUUCUCCUGGCCCCAGCAGCCCGUCCCAGCCUGGCAGUCGCACAGUGAAGGAGGAGGAGAGUGACAGCCGGCCUCGGACCCCCUCCCAGGCCACCCCACAGCAGCCCAGCAAGCCUGCCGUACCCAAGACAGCCCCCCUGACCCCCACCAAGCUACACCCUGCUGCCCCCUACCCUGCCCCCUCACUCCUCCACUCCCCCAAACCCCAGGCCCAGGGCUCCCCUUACCGCAGCCAGAGGGCCUUCCUCUUUGCUCCUCCUCAGUCCCAGCCACAGGCUCAACCAGGGCUGCCCCCCUUCUCCCAGUACAGCCCACAGUCCGCUCCACCUCCCCCUCCUCCACCAGCACCUCCAGCCUCAGCGGCCUACUUCUCCAGCCAGUCAGCCCCCGCCGUGGGAUCCUUCCCUGGGUUCAAGCCUGCAGUGACGUCCCCAUUCCCCCCUGGAGCCCAGCCCCUCCUGCAGACUCUUCCUCCCCACGCCCUGCACUACCAGAGCUCUACCACUCCCCCUCCUCCUCCCCCUCCCCCACCACAACACCCUGGGCCCGGCCCAGCCCUGCUACACGUUAGCCUGCAGCCUCCUCCUGUCCAGCAGCACCAGCUCCUCCUGACCACAGCCCCCCAGUCCUCCCUCCCUCCUCCUCCGCCCCCUCCCCCACAGGGCCAGACCCACCAGCUGCAGCAGCCCAGUGCCAGCACCCUCCUGUCACUCAACCAGGGCUUGCCUCUUCCUCCACCCCCACCCCCUCCUCCUGCCUCCUCCACCGGUGUCCCAAUGCAAGUGCAGGCCCCUCACCACUUUCAGAACUUGGGGGGCUUUCCAACCCCGCUGAUGCACACCGGCGGCACCGCUAACCCCUCGGUGCCCCCCUCCACCUACCCCCCGCCCCACCAGCAGACUGGACUGCCCCCCCCUCCUCCCCCUCCCCAGCAGCAGACUCAGCCGGCCCAGGCCGUGCCCACCGCCACUCAGAUGCCCAGCGGAACACGUGGGGCCCCUGCGUCCCCCGCCCCCUUUCACAACGCUGGGUACCUGGGCACGGGGUGGCACUGACCGCCUCCAUGCAGGCCUCCCCCUUGGCCCUGCCAGCCCCUGUGAACUCUCUCUGACAGACAGCGGAACACAACAAGCAACAAAAGCUGUAAAUAUUUUCUAUGUACCUGAACACAUGGCCAAUGGAAAAACAGGAGAACGUGGAUAAAGGGGUGCUUUUUAAAGGACAAACUGAAAACAAGGACCGGGAAACAAUCUUAUUCAGAGACUUUGUGUUUGAAAAUGGAUGAUUCCCCCGGUGCUCAUCCCACUCUCUCUCCGACGUCCCUCCCUCUGUUUUCUUUUGAAUAUCCCUCCUGUGGCGGAGAGAGUGCCUGACCGUCUGACCGUCUGUCUGUUUUGGACUUCUAUUGUAAGGUCCCGCACUUUCUGUAUCAAUGUACAUUCCAGCCUCCACCCCCCUUCGUCAGUUAGUCCGCCUUUCACUUCUACUUCUCUUUGUCUAUUGUCUGCUCUUCUACACCGUUUAUUCGUUUUAUCUAGUGGCUCAUUAUAGCAAACAGAAAGCUUUUUGUAUAGAGAAAAAAUAGAGUUAUUAUUAUUUUUAUUCCUCUGUGUAACAAAUAUCUGUGCACCGCUGCAGUGAUUCAGAAAAUGCUCUUCUGGGAGCCCGCUUCACUGCCCCAGGAGGCUGCACUCGUGUGUGUGUGUGUGUGUGUGUGUGUGUGUGUGUGUGUGUGUGUGUGUGUGUGUCAGUGGGAGAAAGGGAAGUGAUAGACAGUAAGAGUGAUGGUGUGAAACGAGUGCAGUAGUCCUCUGUGGUAGCCAGAGUGAGGUCUCACGUAGGUAGGACGUUAGCGGUUUAUUUUUGAAUAUCAAUGGUUAUUUGUAGAAAUUGUAAUUUAAUGUAUAGGUGGUUACUCCAGCUUUCUCCGGAAACAGGUUGUAUAUAUUUGCUUCUUUUCUUUCCUAUGCUUGUACAAUUGGCUCCCAUCCCAUUUUGGAAUCUGGUUGUAAAUACGAGCGCUCUUCUUGGCAAAGAUGAAUGUUUCUGUGACAAUAGCACUUUUUAUUUAGUUUUUCCUCUCUGGACUAUUCAGUGUAGUCUUUUAUUAUUUGUGUGUGCGUGUGAGUAUGUUUGUGCAGAGGAGAGAGACUCAAACACUGCACUGGUUGGCUAUUUUCAUGGUUCAUUAUAAUAAAUCACUGUAAUGACAGUUUUAUACCA